ACACUUAAUAACUUUCAAUAACAAAAUAUUAGAGGUUUAAUUUAAUUUAGUACAAAAAAUGUAACUAUAAAAAUCAAUUAUUCAUGUAAGGAUGUGAAAUGUUUGUGUUGUUACUCCUCAUUAGAAUGGUAUCGAUCAUUAAAACUUCAGUUUAUUAACCUCUAUGUUUGUAAAAGUCAUUUUCUGUUUGCCAUAAAUAAACAAAUUGAGUAACUAAGUUUAGAAAGCUUAUUAUGGCUCAUGACAAAAAAAAUGUGAGACGAAGUCGAUCGCGUGAACGAGAUCGCGAUCGUGAAAGGGAACGAGAACGACGUGAUCGAAGACGAUCAAGAAGCCGAUCGAAGGAUCGAAAAAAAGACAGAAAACGUUCUAGAUCACGAGAACGAUCGAGAGAAAGGGACAAAUCACGUGAAAAAGAAAGGGACAGGUCAAGGGAAAGACGAGAAUCCAAAGACAAGUCAAAGGAUGAGAAAAAGCGAAAACCAAGUCCUAUAUUUGUCCUUGAAGAUGAAAAUAAAAAAGAAAACAAGACCGAUAGUAAAAAAGAGGAUGAAGAAGUGGAGGAGAAAACAAAACCUGUUCCAAAGAAGGAACCUCUCAGUUUGGAAGAAUUAUUAGCUAAAAAGAAAGCAGAGGAAGAGGCACGUGCUAAACCAAAAUUUUUAAGCAAGGAGGAACGUGCUGCUUUAGCAUUGCAAAAACGACAGGAAGAAGUCGACGCUAUAAAAAAGCAACAGGAGGAAAUACGUAAAUCUUUCUUUCACAAUGAAAGUUCUGGAAAGGAUAGAGAUUGGGAUGAUAGAGAUAGGCGCAGGGAUGGUCAACGUACAAGGGAAGAUGAGAUCAAGGAUAAAGAUAAGGAGAAGGAAGUAGAAGCUAUUAAAGAGCGUUACUUAGGGUUGAUAAAGAAAAAACGGAGAGUUAGGAGAUUAAAUGACAGAAAAUUUGUAUUUGAUUGGGAUACCUCGGAAGACACGUCUGUUGAUUAUAAUAGUAUUUAUAAGGAAAGACAUCAGGUUCAAUUCUUUGGUAGAGGAAAUCUUGCUGGAAUAGAUAUUAAAGCACAAAAACGAGAUCAGAGUAAAUUCUAUGGAGAACUUUUAGAAAAACGAAGAACAGAAGCAGAAAAGGAACAAGAAAAAAUGAGAUUGAAAAAAGUCAAACGAAAAGAAGAAAAGCAAAAGUGGGAUGACAGACACUGGUCAGAAAAAGCUCUUCAUGAAAUGACAGAGAGAGACUGGCGUAUAUUUAGAGAAGAUUAUAACAUUACAAUAAAGGGAGGACGUAUACCCGACCCAAUUAGAUCAUGGAAAGAAUCAGGAUUUCCAAAAGAAAUUCUUGAUAUCAUUGAUAAAGUGGGAUACAAAGAUCUAACUCCUAUUCAAAGACAAGCCAUUCCCAUUGGACUUCAAAAUCGUGACAUUAUUGGUGUUGCUGAAACUGGUUCUGGAAAGACUCUAGCAUUCUUAAUUCCGCUAUUACUGUGGAUUACUAGCUUACCAAAAAUUGAAAGAUUAGAAGAAGCAGAUCAAGGUCCUUAUAGUAUAAUUUUAGCACCAACACGUGAAUUGGCCCAACAAAUUGAAGAAGAGACUAACAAAUUUGGGCAACCAUUAGGUAUAAGGACAGUUGUUGUUGUAGGUGGUCUCUCGAGAGAAGAACAAGGCUUUAGACUGAGAAUGGGUUGCGAGAUUGUAAUAGCCACACCUGGACGAUUAAUAGAUGUAUUAGAAAAUCGAUACUUAGUUUUAAAUCAGUGUACCUAUAUUGUAUUAGACGAAGCUGAUAGAAUGAUAGAUAUGGGAUUUGAACCAGACGUACAAAAAAUAUUGGAGUACAUGCCAGUUACAAAUCUAAAACCGGAUAACGAAGAUGCAGAGAACGAAGAAAAAUUGUUAGCCAAUUACAAUACGAAGAAAAAAUACAGACAAACCGUGAUGUUCACAGCAACUAUGCCACCCGCGGUAGAACGAUUAGCAAGAACUUAUUUAAGAAGACCCGCUGUUGUAUACAUUGGUAGUGUCGGUAAGCCAACUGAAAGAACUGAACAGAUUGUUCAUAUAAUGGGCGAAGCUGAUAAACGCAAGAAACUGAUGGAAAUACUCAGCAGAGGUGUUGAACCACCAGUUAUUAUAUUUGUCAAUCAAAAGAAGGGUGCUGAUGUUCUUGCAAGAGGUCUAGAGAAACUAGGCUAUAAUGCUUGUACUCUUCAUGGUGGUAAAGGACAGGAACAGAGAGAAUAUGCACUUGCAUCUCUCAAAAGUGGUAGUAAAGAUAUUUUAGUUGCUACUGAUGUCGCAGGCCGUGGUAUUGAUAUUAAGGAUGUAUCUAUGGUCAUUAAUUAUGAUAUGGCGAAGACUAUAGAAGAUUACACACAUCGGAUUGGUAGAACUGGUCGUGCAGGAAAGGCUGGUCUUGCUAUUUCAUUUUGUACGAAGGAUGACAGUCAUUUGUUCUAUGAUUUGAAGCAAACAAUUCUUGCAAGUCCGAUAUCUACUUGCCCUCCUGAGUUACUGAACCAUCCGGAUGCUCAACAUAAACCAGGCACAGUAGUUACAAAAAAACGUCGAGAGGAGAAAAUAUUUGCCUAAAAAUAUAUACAUCUAAUUGCACAAAUUUGAUUAUAAUUGAAGCGUUCUAUUGGUGUUUUACAUACAGGUAUAUAUUUUUUAUAGUGUGUGAAUAGAAUAGGAAUGUAUGCAUG